AUGGUAGAUUUGAUGUGGAAUUAUAUCCAGAGAACGAAAGAAAGGAUUGAUGCUGCCACUUAUAUAAGAAUAAGAUACGAAGAAACACCGCACUUUGAGCUCGGUUACGUUGUGGGGGAAGUUUUGGAAAGAUAUAAAAAAAUGGUUUGGAACAUUAAAAGACCAAUGAUAUUCAAAUCCGAUGCCGUUUUCGAUAUUAUGAAGAGACUCGAAAUGGUGCAGAAUAUAUUUCUAGACAUACUGCAUUUGACAUAUAUGAUCAACGAAAUAAGUAAGAAAUACGCAUACUUGUCGCAAUCAACGGGUCCCGGAGCUGGGAAUUACACUGAGGACUUCGAAGAUAUGGAAAAUAAGAGGAAAUUACUCCUCUGGAUGCAGAAGAAGAGGCAGAAGGAGAUGAAGAAGAUUAGAAAUAUGAUUUUCAAAGGAGAAGUCCAAUUCACACAAAGUACCAGGAAAAAACCGAAGAAAAUGUGGCCCUUGGAUUAUGGAUGGGAAAUUGAUUAUAAAUGGUGGUAA